AUGAAGACUUCAGCAUUGUCCAGCGCCCUUGCGUUUAUCGGCCUCGCCACCGCUCAAGAGGUGCAAUCUCAGCCGUUCAACCUGGUGAUCAAGUCCCAAAACAAGGAACUCGAUGGACGCGCCCUCAGCACAUGCCAUUCCGGUGCGGCCAUUGAAUCGCUUUGCCUUUUGCCAGGCAGCAAAGCCACGUUCCACCUCAACACCACCACGGGCGAAGAACCAGGCCCCGGGGGGGUUUCCGGUGCCCUGACGUGGGAUUUACCUGCUGAGCCACCUAUUCCUUCGACCAUGACCUUCUCCAUCGACCCUUCCACCAACGUCGCCCUACCCCUGUUUUAUCCCGGUCGCCAAAACGUCCAAUACGUCAGCUUUGACUCGAAUGAUAUCCUCAAUAUCGUGAGUUACCUCGAUGACACAAAAAACCCUCCCAACGGCAGGACUCCUCGCGUCCUGGAUAACUGGUACAUCUGUAAGACGUACUUCGGUUACACUUAUACUACCCUCGCGUGGGUCUUGGGCAAUGCAAACCCGCAGAAUCCGAGCUGUGUCAAGGUGGACGUGAAGAGAAGGUUUGUUUAA